GACGCAGACGGGCGUGCGGCACUGAACACGAUCCCACGUGCUGCCCGCGUGAGCGACAAUCGCCGAACAUGGGAACCGCACGGUGCUUCCGUCUUACCAUUGUCGAAGACGUCCAGCUCUGUGACUUCCCGAACAAAAGGAUGAGUCUCCUACACCCUAUGCACUACCUGACCGUCGACGAACUCCUCGAGCGCGCGGCGCCUGUCGCAAACCUCGCGAUGCUGCGUAUAUACGCCGAACCAUCCCCCAUCCAAAUCGCGAUGAUCAACGAGUAUACUCCCCUCUUGGAAUCUGAGCUCAGAUCCCUUCCCCCGAACGAAACUCUCACCCGCGAUAGGAUCCUCGCACAGCUGAGCAUACACCGAUCCAUUCUAGCUCCCAUCCGCCGACUACCCGUCGAGCUCUUAUCCGAGAUCUUUUCACGCGUACAGAAAAUAACACCCCUGCGUACUUUGCAGGUCGCGACUGUCAUGUCGCACGUCUGCUUCACCUGGCGAACCGUCGCGCGCGGGCAUGGGGCCCUGUGGACGAAAGUUGUCGUAAAGACUAUAUACGACUUCGAUCGAUACUGCGAGCGAUUCCUUCCUAUAGCCGGGAAAGUGCCUCUCGAGCUGCGAUGCGACGAUCGCGAGGUCCUGGGGCACCUGUGGGAUCGCAUUGCGCCGUAUGCGUCUCGCUUGCGGCGCAUCACGCUCAUAGCAGAUCUUAGCAUGCUGCCCGAUCUCAAGGUUCUCUACAUGGAAAACCUCGAGCGGCUGGUUGUCGAUGCGUACGACACGCCUGCGUCUGCGAAACUCAGUGCUCUUGACUUUGUCGUCGCACCCUGUCUUCGCCAUGUCGCACUAACGCUGGACGUGCUGCAGAGCGAACGUCAGCUACACGUCCCGGUGACGAGGGCGCUCACGUCUUUGGAGAUCGACGUGAUGACACAGUUCCCCGUCACACUUACUCUGCCGCUCUUGCGGGCGUGCGCAACUACCCUGCAGUCCCUCACUAUCAAAAUCCGGCAGAUGUCAGAAGGCGUAGACAGAUCAUACCCCACGAGCGCCUCUGCAACGUUCGAGAUGCAGUCUCUCACCUACCUAAGCCUCGUCGAUCCUGCCUGCUCACUGCUCAAUCACAUCGACGCCCCUCUCACUCAGGAGCUUGUCCUCAGUACCGUCCCUACAUACGGCACGCAAUCUUUGCUGGGAUUCUUGACUCGCAGCAAGGCCUGCCGCCAUCUGCGUACACUGAGAAUCUACGACGUGGAGGAACGAGAUCCUUCCGCAUGGAUUCCUUGCCUACAGCUCAUGCAUGGCCUCAGAGAGCUCCACUUCGACGAUAUGCUGUCGAAUCCACAGAUAUUGGAACAAAUGACUCAGUACGAGGACCGGCCUCCAUUGCUGCCUGCGCUGGAAGGCAUCGCCAUUUGGCGUGUCUUCUGGGCUCACCUGGAGCUCCACGACGCCAUUGGCGAGAUGCUCUCGUCGAGGGACCAGGAGACGACAACGAGGAACGGCCUGCGGUGUUGGAAGAUCGUUCGUUGGAUUGAUGCGUGGCCCGACCCUUGA